AUGUACAAGCACACUUAUAUAUUGCUGCAAGCGACACUUGUAUGGGAACAAAAUUUAGCAGCACCCGCGCCUGUGUCCUCCAAAAAGAACGACAUUCUAGCUGGCACGGAAUUCCUCUCCGUCUUCAUCAAUGGAGCUAUGGCUCCUCGUCCAACGCGACGACGUAUCAGUCUCAAAUGCAGUAACACAGCUGACAAUGUUGCUGCUGAAUCAAAAAACGAUGAAGCCAAUAUAUUUAGAAUAUCUCGGGUGCCGAUCUCGGUUAAGCCUACUGUAGCAAGACCGCGAACAACCUUGAACCGUGAAGAGGGUAUACGCUACUAUCCGAUCAGUCAUAAACUUUUGGACAAUAGGCAUCAUAGCUUCGAAACGAUCGUAGACGACCUUGGCAGACCAGGUGAUAUAUCCUCAAAAUUUAUAGCCAAAACGGGCGAUACCGCUAGAAAGUCUCAUAAUAAUGGCAAAACGUCUAACAAGUCCGCCAAGCCUAUGAACCAAAAAGUAAUUGGCGUAAGCGUGACAUCUAGCGUCGAAGCGACACCCUAUAAAGUUAGAGUCGAGCAUCACGAUCCUAAUGAUAUCUCGAUGAUAACACGGCCACCACCGGUAAUCGCCACGACGGUUUAUACAAUACCAACUUCAUCGUCGGUUUCCACGACGCUUUCCCAAGCCCAAGGAACUACGAAGAUUAUGGACGUUACACCGUCGCCUGCUCGCCUUGUAACGGAGGAACUCAGUAACAUAGUUUCGGAAUCGAAUAGAAGCGAAUUCUCCGUGGAAGAAGGAGCACCAAAGACAAGCCUGCAGGAUCGAACCUUUGUUACCCCACGACCUACUCUAAAGCAUCAUACGAUACCGGUCGAUAAACAUCAUGAUAGCCGGGAUUCAGUCGUGAGCAGCAGCAAUACCGAACCCGUUGAACAAAGAUACGAGUUUGCAGAGGGCAAUUCUGAAAUGAAAGAGAUAAAUCACGAAUUGCCCGAAGUUCAAGGACCUCUGUUGCGUAAUCAGGGGCGUAAGGUAGGCAGGCAUUUUGAAGAAUCGUCGUUUAAUCAUCCAACGAAAAUUUAUGCCACGAAACAAAAUGGCAAAGCUUAUGAAAAUCAGCACGCGAAAGUCUACAGCGAUUCGUCAAAGGUAUUCGGCGAGACAUCCAAAAUCUAUGGGGAGCCAGAAAAAAUAUACAGCGAGCCGUCGAAAAUUUAUUCAGAACCUGCGAAAAUUUACGGAGAACCAUCGAAGGUUUACAGCGAGCCAUCGAAAGUAUACGGCGAACCUUCCAAAAUCUACGGCGAGCCAGAAAAAAUCUAUUCCGAGCCUGCGCAAGUUUAUUCGCAACCGGCUAAGGUUUACUCGGAGCCCUCCAAGAUAUACGGUGAGCCAGCAAAGAUCUAUAAUACAAACGGACAAGCUGCGGGCGAGCCGGAGGAAAACAAUUACGAGGUAGACGAGGCCGUGAGCGUCGGCAGUAACGGCAACGCUCAUGGUCCACAAUCAUUUACCGAAGCUACUAAUCUCGAUGAAGAUGGCCAUAAGGUGGGUUAUGUGGUGGAAGGGCGCAAUUACCGAAAAUACCGAGUGGAAGAAAGGACACCGGAUGGAUUUAUCGUUGGGGAAUAUGGUGUCGUUAGUCACGAUGAUGGUUCAUUAAGAGGAGUCAGAUACACCGCGGAUGGAACGAUCAAUCCACGUCUCAUUUAUGAUGCUCUGAUGAAGUUCCUCGCACUCUAAUCGCAUGCAUAUCGCGUUAAUUUUCUAACGAAUAUUAUUGCUCCUUUCCUGAUGAGGACUGAUUUUAUAAAGAAAUUUAUAACGCAUUAUAUCAGAGUAAUAAUACAUUUGCCGACUCAUGAUUUCUACAAGAAAGAAUAAUACAUGGAUAUUGAUAAUUUAGAUUAUACGAUCGUUACUGUCUGCAUAGACGAUCGCGUAGAAUGUAAGAAAGUAAUAUUCGUCUCGAUUGAAGAUAGGUCAAAAUUUAUAAUUCAAGUAUGAAAUAUUUU